AUGGCUAAAAACUCUAUCGGAUUCGAUCCUUACACUGAGCGCAAAGCUUUCGAUGAGACAAAAGAAGGUGUAAAAGGGCUCAUCGACGCUAAAAUCACCGAGAUCCCUCGAAUUUUCCACGUCCCUAAAGAUACCUUACCCAACAAGAAACCCUCUGUUUCUGUUUCAGACCUAGCGAUCCCUACCAUCGACUUUGCAAGCAUCGGCGUAGACACACCCUCACGUGAAGCCGUGGUAGAGAAAGUCAGAUAUGCGGUGGAGAAUUGGGGAUUCUUUCAGGUGAUUAACCAUGGUGUUCCUUUGGACGUUCUUGAAGAGAUUAAAGAUGCAGUUCGUAGGUUUCACGAGGAAGAAGAUCAUGAGGUCAAGAAAUCAUAUUACUCGCUUGAUUUCACCAAGAACAAAUUUGCAUACAGUAGUAAUUUUGAUUUGUACAGUUCUUCACCUUCUCUUACUUGGAGAGAUUCUAUCUCUUGUUUCAUGGCUCCUGAUCCUCCCACUCCUGAAGAGCUCCCUGAGACUUGCAGGGAUGCUAUGAUUGAAUACACAAAGCAUAUGCUGAGUUUCGGCUAUUUGCUAUUUGAGCUUCUCUCAGAAGCACUAGGUUUGAAAUCUGAGAUCCUUAAGAGCAUGGAUUGCUUGAAGAGUUUGCUUAUGAUCUGCCACUAUUACCCACCUUGUCCACAACCUGACCUAACUUUAGGUAUAAGUAAACACUCAGAUAACUCUUUCCUCACGGUUCUUCUUCAAGACGAUAUCGGUGGUCUUCAGAUUCUUCAUCAAGACUCUUGGGUCGAUGUCUCUCCUCUUCCUGGAGCUCUCGUUGUCAACAUUGGAGAUUUCUUGCAGCUGAUAACAAACGAUAAGUUUAUAAGUGUGGAGCAUAGAGUGCUUGCAAAUACGCGAGGCCCAAGAAUUUCAGUAGCAAGCUUUUUCAGCUCAAGUAUACGUGAGAACUCAGUUUAUGGACCAAUGAAAGAGCUUGUGUCUGAAGAAAACCCUCCAAAAUACAGAGACACAACCUUAAGAGAAUACUCAGAAGGAUAUUUUAAGAAAGGUCUUGAUGGAACAUCGCAUCUAUUGAAUUUCAGGAUAUGA